CCAGUUAUACACCAGCAUCUGUGACACAACCUUUACUGGAACAUUCAGAGAUGGAGCAAGUUUUCAGAUCCGUUACUUCGUUAAAAGUAAUACUACCACACUGAAAAUACUCUGUUACAGGUAAAAGUAUGAUUCCGACUGCCGCAUUAGUGUAAAAGCAGGAUUUUACCGGUUCAGGUAAAGUGGAGUUCACUUUGAGCUCAUUAUUUUCAUUAUGAAUUAAUUAUUUUCUCCAUUGAUCGACUGCUUGGUUGGUUUGUAGAAAUUCUGAAAGUCGUGAGAAAUGUCAGCUGACACCGUCAGUGUGUGUGUGUGUGUGCGUGUGUGUGUGCGUGUGUGCGUGUCGUCCAGCCAUCAGUUAGCCAACCAGACAAAGUUGACAUGUCCAGUGUUUUCCUGUCAAACAGUCUUUUCUGUUGACAGUCGAGCUGAGCCGACUCAAGUCAACAUUACGUUUGGCCUGAAGGAAUCCCUUCGUGUCAGUGUUCACCUGAACACACACCUGUGGCUGACGAAACCUUCAGUCAACAUCCUCAUCUGAGCAGAUUCAAGAAACUCGUUUUGCUCAAAGUUGAAUUGAAAAGCUCGUUUGUCUUUAAUGUACUCAACAGCCUUUAAAUGUCCACACCAGACUUCCUGUCCAGCUUCACAAACUGUCCACAACGAGCAGAAAGACGUCAUCGGUUCAUGUGACGGUCAGGGAUCUUCCAUCCUGCAGCAGGUGAUGUCACACCUGUCAGGUGUUAGACCACAGGGUGAAACUGACCUGCAGGAAGACGUCACCUGGGCGUCGGUGCAGCCUGCUGGCCUCUCAGGGGUCUGGGUUUUGGUGGGAUGAAGCAGGAACUCCCUCUGGGUUUCCUCCUGGUUCCCACGAGUCAUCCGAGUCUUUCGUGUCAGACGUUAGCUGCAAGAGCCAAUGAGGCGUCGACGCUGACUUGUGGGACGAGGAUGAAGGGCUUCGUGUUCUCCUUUGUUUUGGGGAUUAUACUUGCCUUCCUGGGCACCUUCAUGCUGUGGAUUCCAGGUCUUGGUCUUGGUGUGUUCGCUGCCCUCUACACUGCGGGAAACAUCUGCGCUCUGGUCAGCACCAUGUUCCUGACUGGUCCGUGUCAGCAGCUGAAGACCAUGUGUGCCAUCGAGAGAGCGUUCGCCACCGUCAUGAUGCUGGUGUGUAUGGUGCUCACGCUGCUGGCUGCCUUCUGGUGGAACAACAUCGGCCUCGCUCUGGUGUUCUGUGUCCUUCAGUUUCUGGCAUUCACCUGGUACGCCCUGUCAUAUGUCCCGUACGCCAGGGAGAGCAUCAUCAAGUUAUUAAAGAUCUGUUUCUAGCACGCUCUGGCUGACCAAUCAGGACACUCUGAGGUUCGUAUCCAAUCAGCAGCGAGCAGCUGACCCUUGAACUGACCGAGGCCUUAAAUAUUUCAACCCGCACACCUGUGAAAGUUGAACUGUUUCCAUGGAGACCAGUGAGCUCCACGUGUUUUAUUUGUCGUCAGCUGAUGUCCCGUCACCUCGUUCACGACUUUAUCACAAAAGCUGAGAAACCGGCGAGUGUCCGACUCGUGGACUCGUGGACUCGUUUCUUACUGUGCUGGAGGCGAACUGGUUGUCGCUGAGGCCAAACACUCGAACUGAUCGAGUCAUCGGGUCAGCAUGAAGGAAACGUCUGAAGGCCCCGAUGACCAGGAUGAAGAUCGAACGCAGUGUUUGACUGCAGCUCAGACAAACACGACUCCGUCAGCCUUUAGAUUUUUUUAUUUAUUUAUUUAUUCAUUAAAAAUACCACAGCUGUACAAUCUCAGGCAUAAUGCAAAAUAUUUUCUUCUUCUUUUCUUAUUUUCUGCUCUAAGUGCAUCGUUCAGGACAAACAAAGGCAGCCACGCUGUUUUCAUUGGAGUCCUGUUAUAUCAAACCAGACAUUA